AUCUGUACGGUACGCGGUAUGGGCCAAUCAUCAUCCAGCAGCGGCGGCAGCUCCUCACACCGCUGUAACAGAGCAGCACUCGCAAGCUCCACACGAGCGCGCGUGCAAGGAGUGUUUUGUUCGCCUGAUACCGGUGACCGCUUAGACGAGAAUCCUAUGAAAACCAAGGAUCUGCAGUCUGUUCAGACGUGCUGGCGGGACGAUUUUGUUAAAGAGGGGACGACUUCUGUGGAUGUGAGAGUACACGAGCCGAUAAAACUGAUUUCUUCUUCCGGUAAUCAGCAUGCGACCGAAAACUUGGUACUUCUGAGUCGAGACACUGACUUUGAGAGCUUUGUCUCGGAUUCCCGAAGCGGACAGAAAGAGGUAGGUGAGGAGAACCAUGAGUUUUGCGUCUCGCCGUGGGACAUGGAAAGAGUGUCAGAAGGAGGUGCCGUGACUCCAGGCAGAGUUUCGGAGGAAAAUGUGACCCAGUGCCUGAACACACCAGACUUUUUAGUAGACUUCAGCUGUUCGUCUCCGUUAACAAACCAUGAAAUGACCAAAAGUACGUUGCAACCCUCCGUGUCAGGUCGGCUGGGUGGAGAAGUGGAGCAACACGUCUCAAACCCGUUCCCUAGGAUUAUUCCCAAACUAAUAAUCACCCAUGAUGAUUUAGGACCCGGUCAGGACAGUCCACACAUCAGGGAUUUGACUUUAAGCAUGGGCGGCUUUUCACUGGAGCUGCAUCCCGAUGAGGACUCGCCCUGCUCGGACAGCGGCUGCGGGGGCUCCCCUGCGCCCUCCCUGUUCCACAGGAAACUGUCCAACUCCUCCUCUGCUGGAUUAUCCUCUGCCUCGUCCUUUGAGGAAUCUGAGGAUGAUUUCACGGGCAGUGACAUUGAGCCCACCAGUCUGUCCCCCAGCAUGAUCGGCAGUCCUGAUGAACUCACAGGGGCUAAAUCUUGGAGGAAGUUAAAGACCAUGGUGCAUUGCUCUCCAUUUGUGGUUUCGUUUAAGAAACUAUAUCCUUGGGUUCAGCUCGCAGGCCACGCAGAUAAUUUCCAGGCAGGCGAGUAUGGGAAACUGUUGAAGAAGUAUUGUGAAUGUGAGCAGCAGUGUCUGGAGAAGCUGAUGAAUGACAACCUCCGGCCGUUUGUUCCUGGUUACUAUGGUACUGUGCAGCAGAACGACCAGGAUUACAACCUAAUGGAUGAUCUGCUGACACACUUCAACUCUCCUUCAAUCAUGGAUUGCAAGAUGGGAAGCAGGACAUACCUGGAAGAAGAGCUGGUAAAGGCCCGUGAGCGUCCUCGUCUUAGGAAGGACAUGUAUGAAAAAAUGGUGGCUGUGGAUCCAGGAGCACCCAGUCCGGAGGAAAGAGCCCAGCAGGCGGUUCUCAAACCUCGAUACAUGCAGUGGAGGGAGACACUGAGCUCAACCUCCACUCUUGGCUUCCGCAUAGAGGGCAUCAAGAAAGCAGAUGGCACAUGCAACACCAGCUUUAAAAAAACCAAACAUAAGGAGCAGGUGAUGAAGGCCUUGAGUGGCUUUGUGGAUGGAAACACACAGUUACUGAGGAGUUAUCUACAGAGGCUGGAGGAGCUGCGCAGCACUUUAGAGACGUCAGAGUUCUUCAGAACACAUGAGGUGGUUGGGAGUUCUUUGCUAUUCGUGCACGAUGCUUCAGGCCUGGCCAGAGUAUGGAUGAUUGACUUUGGUAAAACCAUCCCACUGCCACCACCCCGAACCCUGGACCACCGCACGCCCUGGGCUGAGGGAAACCGGGAGGACGGGUACCUGUGGGGUCUGGACAACCUCAUUCAGAUCUUUGGAGACAUGCUGCAGGACGCGACCUCACCCUGAUGGAUGCACAGAUCGCGCCUGAGCCCGAAGCAUCACGUGUAGGGACACGUUGAUGGAGGGAGGCGCACAACAGGAUAUUAGUUCUGAGAUGAGUCUGUUCUUGUGCUGUCGGAGAUAAAAGCGAACAAAAUAUGAGUGGAAAAACUCAAGCACAUUUUGUCAACAAGGUUUUUUUUUUUUUUUU